AUGAGCCGCGCGCGGGGGGCGCUGUGCCGGGCCUGCCUCGCGCUGGCCGCGGCCCUGGCCGCGCUGCUGCUGCUGCCACUGCCGCUACCCCGCGCUCCCGCGCCGGCCCCGACCCGGGCCCCGGCCCCCGGCCCCGGCCCACGCGCUCCCCCUGCCCGGCCCGCCACCGCCCCCCGCCUGCGGCCCGACGACGUCUUCAUCGCGGUCAAGACCACCCGGAAGAACCACGGGCCGCGCCUGGGGCUGCUACUGCGCACCUGGAUCUCCCGGGCCCGACGGCAGACGUUCAUCUUUACUGACGGGGAUGACCCUGAGCUACAGCUCCAGGAAGGCAGCCAUGUCGUCAACACCAACUGCUCAGCCGUGCACACACGCCAGGCUCUGUGCUGCAAGAUGUCAGUGGAAUACGACAAGUUCAUUGAGUCUGGACGCAAGUGGUUCUGCCAUGUGGACGAUGACAACUACGUAAAUCCCGAAGGCCUGCUACAGCUGCUGUCCACCUUCUCACCCAGCCAGGACGUCUACCUGGGGCGACCCAGCCUGGACCACCCCAUUGAGGCUACCGAGAGGGUCCAAGGAGGUGGAACCGUGACCACGGUCAAGUUCUGGUUUGCUACCGGAGGAGCUGGGUUCUGCUUGAGCAGAGGCCUUGCACUCAAGAUGAGCCCAUGGGCCAGCCUGGGCAGUUUCAUGAGCACAGCCGAACGGGUGCGGCUGCCGGACGACUGCACGGUGGGCUACAUUGUGGAGGGGCUGCUGGGCGCCCGGCUGCUGCACAGCUCGCUGUUCCACUCCCACCUGGAGAGCCUGCAGAGGCUGCCGCCUGACACCCUGCUCCAGCAGGUCACCUUGAGCUACGGGGGUCCUGAGAACCCACAUAAUGUGGUGAAUGUGGCCGGAGGCUUCAGCCUGCAGCAGGACCCCACGCGGUUUAAGUCCGUCCACUGCCUUCUUUACCCGGACACGGACUGGUGUCCUGUGCAGAAGCAGAGUGACCUCGCCUCUCGGUGAACCUCGACGUCCGACCCAAAUAUGCCUCUGGCUCUGCCCCAGGUGCAAGUGGGCGACGCCUGCCUGAGGGAGCAGGAACAGUGCUUUCCCCUCCUGGG